CCGCCAUUGCCCGCGCUCUCAGGUGAGCCUGACCCCGGGGACCGAGCGCCGAGGCUCCACCGUACCCUAGAGGCCAGCUGAGCCCCAGAACAUGGACACGUGUUUUCCCACCGAUCACUGUGAUGACAUCGGGCACACCCAGAAAAUCCAGGAUACAUGCCUCAUCUCAGGAUCCUGAACCAAACCACGUUUCCAGAGGCCCUUUUGCUGUGCAAGGGCAGCCCUGCAACCAUGCACUCCAGUGAGCUCAAGACCGGAGAGAAACCCCAGCACCUGGAGAGCCACCAAGAGGAGGUGACACUGCUGGAAGCACUUACCCAGGUGAUUAAAGGCAAAGGCCUGCCUUCUGAGAACCUCUGCCCUCUUCACAACCACUUCUCCAGGUAUGAGGAAAUGGAGCUGCGUUCUCAACAGAUCCCAACCCAUGGCCUCACAGUAACACCGGUGAUGUUUUGGCCACCUGUGAGCUUCAAGGAUGUGGCUGUCACCUUCACAUGGGAGGAGUGGGGACAGCUGGACCCAGCCCAGAGGACGCUGUACCGUGACGUGACUCUGGAGACCUGCAGCCACCUUGUUUCCCUGGGGCUUCUGCUCUCCAAACCAGACGUGAUCUGCCGCCUGGAGCAAGGAGAAGACCCAUGGAGGGUGCAGCGAGGACCUCCCCGAGACUGGAAGAUUACACUUGAAAAGAAAGAGGGUGUUGCUGUGGAAGAAUGCUCCCACCACAUGGAAGUGAAACACUGUGUGCAGACAGAGGGCCCCUGGCUGGUGUCAUUUGGAGCUGUGCAGCAGUGGAGGGACCAGCCAGGGCAGCACCAGGAGGACUCCCUGGAUCAAGUGCUCACCUCAGAAAGACUGUUUGCUCAAAGAGGGCGUUGUAAGCAUGACCUCAGGGGAAGUUGUCUGAGUUUAAGCCUUCUACCUCCUACAUUGCCCACAGGAACACAUUUCCAUAAGCUCAACUCACAUGUGAAACAGAACUCGGUUUUCAUGAAUCAUCAGAAAGACUGGGCUGAUCUGAAGUCCUGUGAAGAUGAUCAGAGGGCUAGAACCUUCUUUCAGAGCAUUUACUUAAAUAAACUUGCAAAUGCUGAAACAGGAAAUAAAAAACCUUAUGAACAUACUGUCAGUAGUGACUUGUUCGACUAUGGUACCUCCUUGUGUUUUCUUAAUAGAAUUUUUUCAGCAGAGAACGUGAUUGAUGGUAAGGACUGUGGAAACAAUGUUAAUCAUAGCAUGUCUCUAAAUGGACGCAAGUCAGUGCCAUUUGGAGAAAGUCAGAAUGAGUGUGACAAGUGUCUUGCACAAGCUAAAAUAAGAGAUCCUGGAGAGGCGCCAUUCAGAUGCAAGGAGGACUGUGAUGCCUUCCACAUGGCCUCGUCUUUCACUGGCUGUGACAGCAUCCAGACCGGAAAGAAGCCAUAUGCAUGUAAUCAGUGUGGAAAGACUUUCCGCUGUUGCUCUAAGCUUGUUGUACACCAGAGAACACAUACUGGUGAAAAGCCCUAUGAAUGUUCUCAGUGUGGCAAGUCUUUCAGCCAGAGCUAUGACCUUAUCAUACACCAGAGAACUCACACUGGCGAAAAGCCCUAUGAGUGUAGCCAGUGUGGGAGAUCCUUCACCCAGAGUUCCAAACUUCUUAGGCAUCAGCGAACUCACACUGGAGAAAAACCAUAUAAGUGUCAUGACUGUGGAAAGUCUUUCAGGUGGAACUCUAACCUUAUUGUACAUCAAAGAAUUCAUACCGGAGAGAAGCCUUAUGAGUGUGCUCACUGUGGAAGGUCCUUCAGCCAGAGCUCUGACUUUGUCGCACAUAAAAGGACUCACACUGGGGAGAAACCCUAUGAAUGUAACCAGUGUGGGAAAUCCUUCAUUCGAAGCACUCAGCUUAUUAGGCAUUUGCGAAUUCACACUGGGGAGAAGCCGUAUAAAUGCAGUCAGUGUGAUAAAGCCUUCACUGGGAGCUCUCACCUAAUUGAACAUCAGAGAACUCAUACUGGAGAAAAACCUUUCGAAUGUAAUCAGUGUGGGAAAGGCUUCACUGGGAGCUCUCACCUGCUUUCACAUCGGAGAAUUCAUUCUGGAGAGAAACCGUAUGAGUGUCACAACUGUGGGAAAGCUUUUCGGCAGCGAUCCCAGCUUGUUGUGCAUGAGCGAACACACACUGGAGAGAAACCUUAUGAAUGCAGUCAUUGUGGGAAGGCUUUCACCCAGAGGUCUCCCCUCACUGUGCAUCAGAGAACGCAUGUUGGAGAGAAGCCCUAUCGGUGUAACGUGUGUGUUAAAGCCUUCAGCCAGAGGUCACGCCUUAUUGAACACCAGAGAACACAUACUGGAGAGAAGCCCUAUGAAUGCAUUGACUGUGGGAAAGCCUUCGGUGAUCGAUCGACUCUUACAAAACACGAGAGGACACACACUGGAGAAAAACCCUAUGAAUGUGAUCAUUGUGACAAGGCCUUCAGCCAGCGGUGCCAACUUACUCGGCAUCAGAGAAUUCAUACUGGAGAGAAGCCAUAUGAAUGUAAUGAAUGUGGGAAGGCUUUCAGUUACAGUACAUCCCUUAUUCAACAUGAGAAGACCCAUGGAAGAUAAGCCCUGUAGAUAAUCAGGAUGGAAAAGGUCACUGCCAAACUUUCUUUACUAGAUAUCUGAUGACCAAGGUACAACUCAGUGUACUGUAAUGACCACAUGCAUCAGAAUUGCUUGGAGUGUGUGUGGAAACUGCACGUUGCCAAGCUUACACUGGCCUUCCUUAAUCAGGAUCUCAAGCAUUAAAACCCAGGAGCCUACAGUUUCCAAAAGCAGCGUGAGUGAUUUGUAUGCACAGUAAAAUUUAUUCACUUCUGCAUUUAGGUAAGAAGCUAUGAACAUGACCAUUGAUGAAACACAUCCAGUCAGAGCUCUUAGCAGGAGUUAGAAAAUUCAGAAUGGAGCUGUACCCACCAGAUAAUCUUUCUAGUGCAGCUAGUCACCCAAACUCAAUCAGAUAUUGUCCCUGUAACACAUUCCUGGGAAUGGUGGGGGACUGAAAGGUAUUCUUGAUACAGAGCCCUAAACACUCAACCUAAGGAGACACCAGUGCAGGAGGAAGUUGGUGUUGAGAGGUGAAAUUUGAAGCCAGUCAUAUUCAAUGUGAACCAGCAAUUAAAAACACAAAUUGAAGGAAGGGUAAGGAUGGGAAGUCUUCUAAAAUGGUUUUAUUGAAAUUGAAAGACUGAAUUUUUCAGGGACUCUGCUGUGCUCUAACUCAACGUUGUUGCUCAGUUGGGUUGGCUGGAAGCAGAACUGGGUCCAUAGCAGUAAGAAAACUUAUCAAGUGAAGUGAAAACAGGACCCAGAAUAGUAUAUACACAAAAUGUUCCAACACAUAAACACGUACACAGGUGGUAGUUGAGGUCCGCUCAGCAGCAUGUUCAAUAAAAGGCCGAAGUGUAAGUAACAGCUGUGGAGCAGGUGGGGGUGCAUCGCGUGGAGACACAGAGCAAGAAGGCUGAAGCCGGGAACUUGCAGAGAGAGGACUGCGGCAUGGAGGUCGCGGCCCCCUGGCAGAGCUGCGGACCUACCGGCAGGGCAGGGAAGCAGGGUUAAUUGAAGGUCUUUCCAUGAAAUUCCAAAGUUGCCCCUUCUUUUCUUGCAUUAAGUAUCUGGCUGUGGGUAAGCAAAAAACAAAGUAGGGAAGAAAUUAUGUGCUUUAAAAAAAAAAAAUCUGAGGGUCUAGGGAAUAUGGUGUUUUAUGCUCCAGGAAAGGGGCUGUCUUAUUUGGGCAUUUCAAGGACCUUCGUCUAACACCCAGUUCUUGCCCUUUUCAUCGUAAAGCAAAGUAUGCCAUUAAACCUGUCUCCCCA